GUACUUCCUCUUAUUCUCUAUUCAGACUCAAUGCAUCUUGCAAAUUUCGGUUCUGUAUCACUUUGGCCAAUAUACAUGUACUUUAGAGGCCAAUCUAAGUACAUGCAUUUAUUUACAUUAAUAAAGCUCCCAGCAUUAGUUCAAGAUACAUAUAAUAAGGUUUAUGAACAAUCUGCAUCUUCAGAACUCCUCACUCACUUAAAGUGUAAACUAUUUCAAGCUGUCUUGUCCCAUAUCCUCUUACAGCCUGAAAUUCUCAAGGCAUAC